CAUCGUAAAGCAGAUGUGGAAAGGCUGUACAUCCCAAGAAAAGAUGGAGGUGGGGGCCUGGUUGAUGUAGAAACAGCAUUCAAAACUGCAACAAUAGGGCUUGAUCACUAUCUGAAGCACAAGGAAGGGCAAUAUCCAAAGCAGGUGUUUGAACAUGAAAGAUCUAAAGCCAAAAAUUCAAUAUCCAAGAAUGCUACUAAAUUCAAAAGGGAAGUAACAAUGCCAGAGAAUGAGAACAGAGAAGAUAAAUCUGCCUCUGAAAAUGCUAAAGCCCUGAAACACGUGUUUAAGUCCAGGAUGAAGUCAAUGAAAGAAGAAAAGUGGAAAAACAAAGCAUUGCAUGGCCAGUAUCCAAAGAUCCUAGAGAAGCCUCAUGUAGACUCAGUCACCACCAACAAAUGGUUGUCAAGUAAUUUGAAAGGAGAAACAGAGGGAUUACUUGUAGCAGCUCAAGACCAGGCAAUAAACACCAGAAACUACCAGAAAGUAAUAUGUGGCCAGCAAGUGCAGAUUGUGUUCGCAACAUGAAGAGACAGUGGACCAUUAUUGUAUCUAGAUGUGAGGUAUUAGCCAAAACAGAGUACAUCUCCAGGCACAAUAAUGCUGCAGCAUAUCUCCAUUGGAGCAUAUGUAAAGAUCAUGAUAUAGAGAUUACAGACAAAUGGUACGAACACGAACCAGAGACCGUAAUACACAAUAAAGGUAACAACAUCACCAUCAUGUGGGACAUGCCAGUCAACACUGAUAGAACUAUAACAGCGAACAGACCAGAUAUCAUCGUUAAAGGCUCAGUGAAUUCCACCUGCAAACUUAUUGAUAUGACUGUUCCAUCAGAUAGAAACAUCGCACUGAAGGAAACUGAAAAAAAAUGCAAGUACAAAGACCUAGAACUAGAAAUACAGAGAAUGUGGCAUAUGAAAACUGUAGUGAUCCCUGUGGUUGUUGGUGCGCUGGGUACAGUGAAGAAGGGUAUGGUAGAAAACAUCAAGAAAGUAUCAGAGAGAGCUACUAUGACAGAGAUUCAAAAGAUCUGCAUGCUGGGAUCUGCACGAAUCCUUAGAAAGGUGCUCAGUGUAUGA